AUGGCUGAGGAUACUCCUGUAACAAAACAACUAUCCAAUGACCCCGUGGUGGAGGGCUUCUCCCAUCAUGCCGAUAACAUCGCCUCGGAUCGGGAGCCAUAUGGUCCUCCCGGUCUCAAGGGACUGUUGGCCAACCCAUUCGUGCUUCUAUGUGCUGCUUGCUCAACGUUAGGUGGUUUGCUUUUUGGUUAUGAUCAAGGUGUCGUGUCGGUGAUCCUGGUCAUGGACCAGUUCCUGUCCGAGUUUCCGCGUGUCGACGAAGCCAAUCCCGGUUCGGGCUUUGCCAAGGGGCUGUUGACGGCGAUGAUUGAGCUUGGUGCUUUGAUUGGUGCUUUGAAUCAGGGUUGGAUCGCUGACAAGAUCUCUCGGCGGUAUUCGAUUAUCGUGGCGGUGAUCAUCUUCACCAUUGGGUCUGUGUUGCAGACUGCUUCAUAUGGCUAUCCCAUGUUGGUGGUGGCCCGGCUGAUUGGUGGUUUGGGAAUCGGCAUGCUGUCUAUGGUUGCACCGUUGUACAUCUCCGAGAUCAGUCCCCCUGAAUGCCGUGGUACACUUUUGGUGCUCGAAGAAUGGUGUAUCGUGCUUGGAAUCGUGAUCGCCUUCUGGAUCACCUACGGUACACAAUACAUGGUCGGAGAGUGGGCCUGGCGUCUUCCGUUCUUGCUGCAGAUGAUCCCAGGCUUCAUUCUUGCUGCUGGUGUCUACAUUCUACCUUUCUCGCCCAGAUGGCUUGCUUCAAAAGGCCGCGAUGAGGAGGCCCUGGCAAGUCUCUCUAGGCUGCGAUCCUUGCCAGAAUCCGACAGACGUAUUCGACAGGAGCUUCUGGAUAUCCAAGCGGAGGUCCGCUUCCACCAGGAAAUGAACAAGGAGAAGCAUCCCAAUCUACAGGGCGGCGGGAAGAAGAAUGCGAUCCUACAGGAGAUAUCCUCUUGGGCAGAUUGCUUCAAGAGUGGCUGCUGGCGCCGUACUCACAUCGGUGUUGGACUGGGCUUCUUCCAACAGUUCGUCGGUAUCAACGCCUUGAUCUACUACUCGCCCACUUUGUUUGGGACUAUGGGUCUCGACUCGAGCAUGCAGCUCAUCAUGUCUGGUGUGAUCAACAUAGUCCAGCUCGUCGGUGUUACAACCAGCAUCUGGACAAUGGAUGUUGUCGGACGUCGCAAGCUAUUGAUGGGCGGCGCGAUCCUGAUGGCUCUCUCCCACAUUAUCAUUGCCGCUUUGGUUGGUCUCUACUCCGCGGAUUGGCCGGCACACAAGGCGGAAGGCUGGGUCAGUGUAGCAUUCUUGAUGUUCUAUAUGCUUUCCUUUGGCGCAACUUGGGGACCUAUUCCAUGGGCAAUGCCAUCCGAAAUCUUCCCAUCUUCCCUUCGUGCCAAGGGUGUCGCCCUAUCCACCUGCUCCAACUGGCUCAAUAACUUCAUCAUUGGCCUUAUCACUCCACCACUGGUCCAGGAUACCGGAUACGGUGCCUAUGUAUUCUUUGCCGUUUUCUGUGUGCUUGCCGGAGCUUGGACCUUCUUCUUUGUACCCGAAACCAAGGGUCGAACCCUUGAGCAAAUGGACCAUGUCUUCAAGGAUAACUCCAGCGAGGCCGAGAAAGAAAAAAGAGCUGCCAUCGAGGCUCAGCUUAUUCAAGCGCAGUAUGAGAGCGCGCAUCGCGAGUUCGCAUAA